AUGGACCGACUUCCAAGGACAGUAAACCAGAAGAUUGACCGAAAGAGCCUCGAACAAAAUGCGUGGCGAAGGAACCUGAAGCAGCACGUGGAAUUUGAGACUGCCACCGAGCAGAUAAUAGCCCGUAUCUGGGCAACAGUUCUAAGUCGGGAAUAUGAACAAAUAAGUGCCUUGGACGAUUUUGUUACCUUGGGAGGCCAUUCUUUGCUCCAGAUUAGAGCCUCAAGAGAGCUUUCCACUCAUCUUGGACGAUCGAUACCCCUUGGCCUCGUCAUCAACAACCCUUGCCUCCGACGGCUCGCAAAGGCAGUGGAUGAAUAUAUAGUUACGGCUCAGGAGAGGUCGAGUGUGGCUCGUUCGUUUCAGUUAAGCCCGAGGCUGCCACGCUCAAACGUCGCACUCCCUCUUUCUUACCUGGAAGAAGAAAUGUUCCUGCAGUGCGUAAUGACAGAACAUCCAUCGGCGAUGAAUGUUGCCUGUGUCCUCCAUUAUCCAGCUAAUGUUUCGGCGGAUAGGCUGCGGAUCGCUGUAGAUUCAGCGAUCAAGUCGUACGAGUUGCUUCGAUUACAAUACAUCCUGGUCAACGGAGUUCCUCAGAGAAUUUUGUCGGACCAAUUUAGAAAGACAGAUAUCGUCAUGACUCUACUGGCACCCGCGAGUUUUUGGGAGGACCGCUUGACCUUGUUCUUGUACGGCCCCGGGGAGGUUCGAAAUUUCCGCUCAUGGUUGAGCUGA